CGGGAGGGAGUAACCAACCAUGUUCGUGUCGGGUCUGUCUCUUACGCAGUUCAACAGAAACUGAACAGCGAAAGGGGAAAUAGGCUUCUCGGAUAAUGCAACAAAGACCGACUGUCAGUUCGGUUUUUUCUUGUUUUCUCGGUCUCUAUGUAAUAACUUGAGGAGCUCGCCGCCAAACGUUAUUUGGCUGUUCACACCAUGUCUAGGAGUGGGUGGUCCAAGCGUUCCAAGCAGGGGGCACAAUUGGGCCUGAGUGAGCCUCCCCCGGGACAGGGCAUCCAUGUAUACCUGUUCUGGACAAGGGCAGGGGAAACAUAUCUGUCCCAUACCAGUGGAGAAGUCACAGCAGAGGAGCUGUGCAUCUCAGCAGCAGAGGCCGUGGGGAUAACUCCUCUGUGCCAUGUCUUGUUUGCUCUAUACAAUCCUCUAUCACGCUCCUGGUACAGUCCAAAUCAUGUUUUCAGUCCAGAGGACAACUCCAGCCUUGUACUUCAUUACUGUAUGAGGUUUUACUUUCGGAACUGGCACGGACUGAAUGAGAAGGAGCCAAACGUAUCUCGUUAUGCCCUUAAAUCUGGAAUGGACCAAGGGGGUACUCCACUGCUUGAAAUUACAUCCUUGGAGUACUUAUUCUCCCAGGCUAAAUAUCAAUUUGUGAAUGAAGUGGUGCCAAUGGAAGAUAAUCUGUCAGAGGAGGAGCUAAGUCGUUUCAAAAAUGAGAGUUUGGGGAUGGCUGUACUUCACCUCUCCCACCAGGCAAUGCAAACAAACUGCAGCUUACAAGAAGUUGCUAAGAAAACCAGCUUUCUGCGCUGCAUUCCAAGGUCUUUCGCCAAACACAUUUCCAAAGACAACUUCUUGACAAAAAUCAGGAUCCGGCGAGUGUUUGCAGAGUUUGUGCAGACCUUCCAGCAGCACACUGUUGAGAAGGGCAAGCUAGGUGCUCAGGAGAUCAUGUACAAGUACAUUUCUACUCUUGAACACUUGGCACCAGAGUUUGGCACAGAGACCUUCCCUGUAUGCAGUCUGGAAAUGAGAAAGGAAGCGGAUGGAAGCAGCUCUUACUCCAACACCACUCAUGCGCAGGGUGUCACAAAAGACAACUUCACAGCUCCCAUUACACAUGAAAUAAAGGUAUCUGGCACUAAAGGGAUACAGUGGAGGAAGGUGUCUGGUCAGAAGGCGCAGGCAAACUCUUACCUCAGGAAUGACAGUGCAAACUACAUGAGGAAAACAAAGCAACUGUCCAGCCAGCAGAAUGCUAACAUGCUCAAUAAGUGGUCAUCCUUUUGUGAUUUCCCAGAAAUAACUCACAUAGCCAUUGCAGGAGCUAAUGUGUGCAUUAGCACUCAGGACAACCACUGCUUGGAGGUUCAGAUGAACUCCAGCCAGGAGGCCUGUUCCUUCAUCUCCCUCCUAGAUGGAUACUACCGGCUGACUGCAGACGCCCACCACUAUCUUUGUCAUGAAGUGGCUCCCCCAAGGGUAGUGCUGAGUGAAGCAAAUGGACUGCACGGACCUCUGCAUGAUGAUUUUGUGCUGCUGAAGCUGAGAAAGGAGGCAGCAGAAGAAGGAGCUUUCCUCGUACGUUGGAGUGUUCUCGACUAUCAGCGAAUCAUCCUAGCUGUCCUGAACAAAAAUGAGCACGGACCUACGCAAAGCCUAAAGAAGUUUUGCAUUCAGCUCAAGGGUUCCAUGUUCUGUCUGGAGGGCUGGGAUAAUGAGUUCCCCAGUUUGAAAGAGCUUACACAGAGUCUCAGGACAUUUGUACUCAAGUCAGGUUUGGACAACUAUAUGGUCAAGAAGUGCUGUUUUCCAAGACAAGCAGAGCGUUCCAACCUCCUGGUGAUGAGAGAAGGCAUCGAUCACCGUGCUCCUGCUGACUCUUUGGCUUUGAACCUGACCCAGCUGCGCUUCCAUCAGAUCAAGGAUGGAGACUUUGUACAGCAACAACAUUUGGGUCGUGGGACCAGAACCAACAUCUACUCAGGACGUCUGCUGGAGCGAGGCGGAGGAGAGGACAACGAAGAUGAUGAGUUUAACAACAACUCUGCUGACCGCAAAGGGAAUCAAGUGGUGCUGAAGAUUCUGGACCAGAGCCAUAGAGAUAUUGCACUAGCAUUCUUUGAAACUGCAAGUCUCAUGAGCCAGGUGUCCCACAGUCACCUGGUGUAUGUACAUGGUGUGUCUGUCAAAGGAUCUGAAAACAUCAUGGUUGAAGAAUUUGUGGAACAUGGGCCUUUGGAUGUUUUUCUACGCAAAGAAAAGGCAUUAGUGACUCCUCAAUGGAAAUUCAUCGUUGCAAAACAACUUGCCACUGCCCUCAAUUAUCUUGAGACCAAACGACUGGUUCAUGGAAACGUCUGUGCCAAGAACAUCCUGGUAGCAAGGCGGGGUCUGGAGGAAGGCACCUCUCCUUUUGUCAAGUUGAGUGACCCAGGAAUUGCCCUUAGCGUUCUCUCACGAGAAGAGCGUCUGGAGCGUAUUCCAUGGAUUGCCCCAGAAUGUGUGGACAGUGGUGCACCCAUUGGCAGUGCCUCAGACCAGUGGAGCUUUGGUGUGACUCUACUAGAAAUCUGCAACAACGGUGAUCUCCCCAUGAGUGGCAGCACAUUGUCUGAGAAAGAGCGUUUUUACCAGCAAAAGGGCAGACUACCUGAACCGUCCUCCCAGGAGCUGGCCAGCUUCAUCAGCAUGUGUUUGACCUACAGGCCUGUGGAGAGGCCUUCAUUCCGCAUUGUGCUCCGGGAGCUCACAAAAAUCAUGAUCAAAAAUCCUGAUAUACCUCCAAGUGAAACUCUUCCAGAUGCAGACCCCAGCGUAUUUCAUAAACGAUACCUGAAGAAGAUGCGUGUCUUGGGAGAGGGUCACUUCGGAAAGGUGACUCUAUACCUGUAUGACCCUGCCAAUGAUGGGACAGGAGAGCGUGUGGCAGUGAAGGCUUUGAAACAAGAGAAUGGCCAGGUGCUUGAAGGCUGGAUGAAAGAGAUUGAGAUCCUGAAGUCCCUGUAUCACAGCAACAUUGUCAAGUACAAGGGCUGUUGCACUGAACUGGGAGGACAAGUGGUGCAGCUAAUAAUGGAGUACCUUCCUCUGGGAAGUCUGAGAGAUUAUCUUCCCAAACGUAAACUGGGUGUGCCCCAGUGCCUUAUGUUUGCUCAGCAGAUCUGUCAGGGAAUGGAGUACUUGCACUCCAAGCGUUACAUCCAUCGAGACCUAGCUGCUCGAAAUGUCUUAGUUGAAAAUGACAGCUUGGUUAAGAUUGGAGACUUUGGCUUGACCAAAUACAUCCCUGAAGGUGAGAUCUACUAUCGUGUUCGAGAGGAUGGGGACAGCCCAGUGUUCUGGUAUGCCAUUGAGUGCCUAAAGGAGAGUAAAUUUUCCUUUUCCUCUGACAUCUGGUCCUUUGGCGUUACACUGUACGAGAUCCUGACCCGCUGUGAUCCUCGCCAAAACCCUCCCACGAAGUUCUCUGAAAUGAUGGAGGCCACACAGGGACAGAUGACAGUGAUGGUGCUCAUAAAACUGCUGGAGAAACACAGACGAUUGCCAUGUCCCAAGGAAUGCCCUCAUGAGGUGAAGAUUCUAAUGGAGCAGUGUUGGGCUGCAGAACCUGGACAGCGACCAUCGUUUGAAUCCCUCAUUAAAAAGUUUGAGGCUAUUCGCCAAAAAUAUGACUGGCAGUCAAAUAUAGACUUUUCUUUGGCUCAGAUUUCCUGAUCAGGACUCUGAAGAUCUACUGUCUUCCUGUCAUCACUCUCUGCCAUAAUAACCAUACUACACUAUAAAUACAGGGAGUUAAUAAUGUGCUUGCCUGCUGCCUCCAUUUGAAAAGUAAUCGUUUAUUGUUGGUAUCUUUUUGAUAAAGCUGCACUUCUCUCCUCCCAUAGGUGAUAUUGACACAGACUUUGUGUUAUUAUUUUCUUGGCCGAUGAGUUUACCAGGAGUUAAAAAAAAAAAAAAGGGAAAUUGUUGGCA